ACCAUCGGUGGGUGCUAUCUCCGCGGAGACGACAACAGCCCUACACAAGCCCUGCUUGUUGCUAAAAAUUGCUAAACCGUGUGUCGCAUCAGCUCGCCGGUUGUAUUUACUCUGCUCCCCGCGGCGUUCCCGGGCGCUUUGGAAGGCAAUAUAUUGUUUAUUUUUGUUGUUGUUGUGCGUGCUAGUGCUAGCCGGGACUUUGAGGAAGAGACAAACGCUGAAAAGAUUGUGAUAAAAGAAUCCUUAGUUUUACUGUGUGCUUUUCCGUCGAGCACCACCCGCAAGCGAUUUGGCCAACAGUAAGAUUCCGGUAUUCCGGUGUUGAAACGAAUUCGUUUUGUGACUGCAAACCGGUAGCAUAAAACGCACUUCUUUCUGUUGUUGCAUAUAACAUUAUAUUUAAACGUUGCUGUCAGAGCGCCUGGCUCAUUUACGUCUACGUACGGUAUCAUCUAAAGUGCGAUCAAACGAACGUUCGCCUCAGCAGCAUCGUUUGCCUCAGGACACGUCGUUGCUGCGCGCGUGUGUUAAACAGGUAGAACCGAAACAUACAAAGAGCUCGCACGGUUUCUUUCUUGCUCGUGCUCAGGAGAGAUUUUUAUGUCAACCGUCAUCAUGCGUCAGAAGGACAUCAGACCCGCCCCGGCUCGGAUCGAGUUUAAGGGAAUGAAAUUCCUGAUAACCGAUCGGCCGUCGGACGCCAACAUUCUCUCGUACAUCGCUGAACUGAAAAAACAUAACGUCUCGGUCGUCGUGCGCGUUUGCGAGCCGAGCUACAAGAUCGAAGAGCUGGCUAACCACAGCAUCAUCGUGCGCGAUCUUGCGUUCGAGGACGGUACCUUCCCGCCGAACGAAAUCGUGAUCGAAUGGUUCGAAAUUUUAAAGCAAAAGUUCCAGGAGGAUCCGGAGGCGUGUGUGGCGGUGCACUGCGUGGCAGGCUUGGGCCGUGCACCUGUACUUGUGGCAUUAGCUUUGAUUGAACUAGGACUUAAAUACGAGGCAGCUGUAGAAUUGAUUAGAGAUAAACGAAGAGGUGCUAUUAAUGCCAAACAACUAUCAUACCUAGAAAAAUAUAAGCCCAAGUCACGGUUAAAGCACAAAAACGGCCACAAGAACUCGUGCUGCGUGCAAUAAAACUAUCAAAAUUCCCACCAGUUAAAGUGUUCAUUUUAAGCCAGCGACAAGAGACAUGGAAUAGAGAACUAGUUGGCUAAGUAGAGGAGGAAAGCAGCUAUGAAAGAACGAGAUAACAAUAAAAACAAGAACGAAUGCAGCAACACCUUCCUCCCGCGGGUACGUGGAUUUAAAUUUCCAAAAUUAUGCUUAACCCGGAUUGGACUUCAAUUGGAAAAGAUGCGGGAUGUGUCACAUCCAUGGACGGUAUUGUUGUAGUUGAUUCGACAAUUGAUUGAUAACGCAGUCCACAAUAAGGCAGUAAGAAAGGAGAAUGUAUCAAAAAAACAGUUUAUCUCACGGACAUGCUCCCAGUUAUGCAAACUGCAUGGAAAUACUUUAAGUUGACCGAAGUCACAAAACAUAUUGUCGAAUUCAAAAAUUAACAUCCAACCAUAGUACAGUAACGGGAGAUCAACCAAACUCAUGUUCGGUUAUCGAAACAUUAUCGCCAUCACUUGAGUCUUUGCAAGUACAUACGUUCUAGUAUCAAUGUUCGGUUUCAAUUGGUGAUUUUUUUAUAAAUAUUAUUCUGAGAGCAUGUUCGAUGAUUUCACACCGAGAAAACGCAAUGGAUAAUAGACAGAGUAACGAUAAAAAACCGAAAUCAUUGUGCACGACCUAAUCUAAUUGAACUAAAUAAGCAAAAUAGGAGGUAAAUUAAGUUAUUAUCUUUGUUCUCUCCACGCGGACUAUCCUUAAGCGAAGUUAUACAAACACAUACACGCAUCAGUGUGUGCUUCACAAUCUUCUAGACAGAGACCUAUGAUCGUAACCGCCGACCGACGCCCAGUGUGUGACCGUAUCACAAUGAAUAUAUUAUAUUGAAAUAAAUUGUAGCAUGGAGCUAGAGACAUUUAAGGUGAAAGCGAGAAAGGAGGAAUAAGGAAUAUGUCGCAAUGAAGAUCAUACUUUACACAUAUGCUAAAUUAUCAGCCACGCGUAUAUUCGACGGUCUGCUAGGGCCCGUGUCGAAAUAAGGUUAUUUUCUUUUCUCGUAUAGCUCAGAUCAAAUAGUCGCGAACAGCGUGAUCGUGCAGCUGCGAGGUGAAAAAGGUGCACUAUCCCCGGUAAAUUAUCAUAAUGCGGAUUCCAAUGGAGCCGACAGCUAGUGUGUUUGUGUGAUUAGUUCAAUGCUAUUUAUGUUUUGUUUAUUUUUUAAUUUAGUAAACUGCGACAAACCUUAAUCCAAUGAAAUCGAUUUGUACGACAACAAAUAUUACAUUGCCUACCGACCAGUUCAGGCAAAAAGCGUUAUUCUAAAGGCAGUUAUUCGUUAAGUAUAAGGCACUGUUGUAUUUACUUGCGUCCUACAAUUUCGUUCGUCACAGGCGUUAACAAGUAGAGGCACAUAAACCAAAUGAAUCUGUCAGCUGCCAGCAAUUUCUUUCCGAUAUGGCCCUGACAACAUUGAAUAUAGUUUGUAUAUUUUAGUCUAAUGUUUCAACUGGGCGCACCGGACGUUACUUCUUAGAAUGUUCCGUGUGACCGGCUGGACGCAUUUUUAUCUCACAAACCCCAACACCCACAACCGAAACCGUGUUCAAGUGUAUACCAUUGACAACGAUGUGCCGACAACUACAGUAGCAGCAUGCACAUGCAAGCGCUUUUACUACCGUGCACUGGAAAAUUUCGUGCAAUAUAUGUCGAAGUUGUAACAGAGAUAUGGAUGUUAUGAUGGUGCACUAUACACGCGACACUGACUUACAGCUCAAUGAUAUGUAACAGCACACGCACCUGAACAGCAGACUCCAACUCUACUGCACCUUGCGCAAAGAACUCUGAAACGCUGUGAUCGUAGCGAUAUAUGAUCCCCAACUACCAAUAGGACUUGUUAAUUUAACGCUUAUCAAGUAAAUCGCCCUCCGGUCACUACUGAAGCAAGGGAAGGCUAAGGACGUGUCGGAUUUAGUUCAAUUUUGCCAGAAACCUUUUUUAUUCAAACCAUUAUCCUGUGUCUGAUGCCAAUAAUGUGUCGGUGUAAUCGAAAGCUUUACAUGCUUCGUUCCAGUUAGCUGAUCGCUUACCGGACGAGGAAGCCAUUGUGUUUAAAAAAUGUGGACCAUUCCACGGUAUUUUUCCUUAGUUUUCAUAGUAAAGUAUUCAAGAAAAUAUAUGUCAAUAGUAGUACUAAUCAGAAUGGUCUACAAACCAAUCCUCGGAUCAUUUAAGUAUUGUAAAACAUGAUAAAAUCCUGUCCUAGGACUGUUGAGUUCAAGAGUGUGAAAAAUGAAAACGCCUGUGACGAACAUAUUGAUUACUUCAACUCUGUACCACGCACGUACUAAAUGUGCGACGUUUUACUUCCUGUAGCCUUCUUAAAAAUGUUUACAGCGCAUACUUAUAUAAUUUUAUAGCAUUUUUUAGUUCGAUAUUGGCAAUGCUUUUUGAAAUUAUGUUAAAUGAACCUCGGCAUUAGACGAUAUUUUCGUCAGGAUCAAUGGCGACAGUGUGCUACGUUUGUGUGCCUGUGUUGGACAAAUGUAAAGAAAGAGAGAAAAUCAUGCAUUAAAAUGAUACUGUUGAGCCCGUUCAAUCUUGCUUCAAGCAACCUGCAGUUGCUGCGUUAUGUUGCACUGACAGUUUGGCUUUGCGAAUAAAUCCUUUUCCAAAAAGAAAUUGCCUUCCAAUGGCUUCCGGGGUUUACAUGCAGUAGCAAUUAUAUAAAAUGAACAAAUAAGAUUCUCUCUUUCCUCCGUACCACUGUUGAAAGGAUAACAAAACUGCAGUGCGAUCCAUAAAAUGUCCACUAAGCUUUGCUUUAACCUGCCCUUGGAUUACUAUGCUCAAACUCCGUACCGCGAGCUAAGGCGUGCAGGUGAGCACAUUUUUCUGUGAUAUAUUACAAGGCAAGGGAUAAGAACAAACGAAAACAAUAUUACUAAUGCUCCGCUCCGAACGUCAAGGCGCUGGCGCGUCACGAAUAUAUUUUAUAUUGUACAAAAUGACGACUUUAGUUUACUCGAUUUUUAUGCGGUAUGGUUUCGAGUAUUACCCAUCGGUAGGAUCAGAGUAAACAUCUUCAAAGUUAGGGUAUCGGGCUACGGUUUGACCACACAGGCACAAAAACGUACAUAUCACUAUAGAGAAUAAUAGCGUCCUAUGUCGGGUAAUGUCAUUGUUGAAAAAUUUGCGUAAAUGAUUGUACAAAUCAUCGAAGAACAAAGAGAGUGCGCUGGUUGAUAUAUCAUACAUGAAUGGUUCUUAUUUUUAGAUUACAAGAUGAGUUCCGACAUGCGGUCACAUAACUACAUAAAUGAUACUUGAAUUUGCGUACAUAGCGUGGAAAAGCGACAACACGCAAACACAGUAACUACAUUUAACUCUACUAGCUAAAUGGGAUAUUGAUCGAGAUGAACUAGCAAACGCAUCGUACAGAAAACACAUAAUGUGUAUAUAAAUUGGUAUAUAAUUAUACAUAUAUAUUAUACAGCUACACGAGGAGAAAUGAUGAUGAGAAAAAAUAACAAAAGUGAAUAACUAAAAACACGAAAAAAUAAAACUAUACAAAAAGCACUCAAUAAAAACGCUAACAAAUAAUGAAAGCUCUUGUGAGGUUCACACCAGCGGUAGACGUACGGGUGGCGAAGCGACGGUUGCGAAAAUCGUAUUCAUAUUUUAUAUACACAACUAACAGGAGCUCGAAAAUGAAAGAAGUGAAAUAUCAGCUCAAGCAAAUAGACAGAUGAAACGAUGAAAAAAAAACAAUCAUGUGAACAUACACGUGAAAAUUCUGCACAGAUCGGUUAUCAUGCUGUUGAUUGAAAAAUUAUAGAAAAUAAAAACGGAUGUGUUUAUGAGCUCUGAUAACGAGAGAGGCAAACAUAGCAACACCCAAAUAAACGAACUACACACUCACGCUGCUUAGAAAACCGCGGAACGUUUCCGAACGAUGGAGAGGGUUUUUGAUCGAAGAAGUUAGAGGCAAAAGGAAAACAAAUGCGAAAGUCUCCUGAUAAUGAUCACUUUAACUGUUGCGGUACUUGGAUAUGUGUAUUUGUUUGUGUGUGUUCUGUAAGUGUGCAUUGAUGCAACCAUAGUAGUGCGGUAGUAAUGGAAGAUGGGCUAAACCAGACUAGAGCGUCCGAACGAAUAUAACUGCGCGAAGGGCAACAAGCUGCUGAAUUACGGAAUACUGGAAAGAUCCUACCGUUGGUUGCCCAAACUGGUCUCAUCUCAUCCGCGAGCCAACGUCUGCUUUCCCCGGCACACAAGGAUAUAUUCAGCAUCGAAUGGUUGUAGUACGGCUCGGCCGACGAAUCGAAAAAGGGUACGUAAUAUUGAGACGAAUAGCCGAGGGAUGUAACCAGCGGGAAGGAAAUAAUGAUGGAAGAUAUCUAAAGCUACAACUAACCUGGCAGAAAGUCAAAGCGGAAGGAGACGAAAAGUAUCUAACUGUGACUAAAAGAAAAAAAAGGAAUGAAAUAAAGCGAAAUUUAAUACAGAAAUCCAACAACUCAAUACCCGAAAUUCGGCGGACGAAAAGAAACUGGACGGAGGCGAAGAGAGAAAGAGAGAGAGAGAGAUAAACCGCGUUACAGAAAACCAUCAACAUUAUACUGAAAUAGAUAUUGUAAUUUUAUGGAAUGAUUUGUAUCAAUGAUCA